AUGACAAAAACUCAACAAAGUAUUCUGGAUCAAAAGAGAAUUAUUCAAAGAAAAUAUUCCGAUAGAAUUAUACUACAAACUUUAAAGCGAAAGACAAAAAGGAUAAAUGAUAAAAAUUUGAAACCUGUAUCAUGGCCAUUGUCUACUUCUGAAUUUGUCAACGAUUUUGAAUUAAUACAUGAGAUCAAAGAUCCUCAGUAUUUAAAUACAUUAAAGCUACCUAAAAAGAAACGAUUAUCAUCUUGGGCAGAUUUGGCUGUAUCAAAACGGACAUUAUCAAAUAAACGUACAUGUGCAAAUCCAGUAGGCAUGUCAGGUAAUAAAAACAGUUUUAUUAUUUUGUGGCUUGAUGCGAAUAAUGUCAACACAGAGUAUUUGAAUGAUGGUUUAAUGACGGAUCGUAAAAUUCGAUUAGAUACUCUUGUGAAUAAUAUAAAAACAUUUAAUAAUAAAAAGAAAUGUCUUGAUUAUCUUUCUACUAUUUUAAUUGAAAAAAUAUUUUUUAUUAUCUCUGGAUCAUUUGGUAAAACUAUUGUUCCUCUCAUAUAUAAACAUGAACAAAUUCAAUUUAUUUAUAUUUAUUGUUUAAAUAAAGAUAAACAUGAAAAAUGGACUAAAAAUUAUAGUGAAAAAAUUCAUGGAAUUUUUAAUAAUAAAAAUGAUCUUAUUGGUAAAUUAACAGAAGAUACAGGAAUAUAUUCAUCACAAAAUAUGUUAUCUUCAAUAAGUAUAUUCAAUUUGAGUAAUAAAGAAAAAUCAGUUCGAGAUUUAAAUAAAGAACAAGCAAAAUUUAUGUGGUUUCAAUUACUUUUAGAAAUUUUACUUCGUUUACCAUCAAGUAAAAUUGCUAAAAAUGAAAUGAUAAAAGAAUCAAAAUUACAAUAUUAUGAUAAUAAAUUUGAAUUACAAAGAAUUAAUGAAUUUCAAAAAGAUUAUCAUUCAUCAAAUGCCAUAGCAUGGUACACACGUGACUGUUUUUUAUAUCGUUUAUUAAAUCGAUCAUUUCGUUUACAAGACAUUGAUAUCAUAUUUAAAUUUCGUUUUAUUAUUACAGAUCUUUAUGAUGAAUUAAGUAAAUUAUAUCCAAAAUUUAUAUCUUCAAAUGAUAAAAUAUUAUUCGUCUAUCGAGGUCAAGGUAUGUUUGUUGAUGAAUUAAAUAAUUUAAAACAAAAUAUUGGUGGACUUAUUUCAAUAAAUACAUUUUUUUCCACAACAACAUCAAGUGAAGUUGCACUUUUAUUUGCUGGUGAAGGUACAGGACGACCGCUUAUAGAAUCGGUAGUAUUCGAAAUUGAAAUUGAUACUAGUAAAAUUACUAAACCGUAUGCUAAUAUUGAAAAAUUAAGUUAUUUAAAAACUGAAAAUGAAAUUUUAUUUUCUAUGGGUACCAUAUUUCAAAUUGAAAGUAUCGAAGAAUUAGAUGGUAAAAUAUGGUAUAUUAAAUUAAUAUUAAGUAGUGAAGAGAAAGAAUUAAACGAAUUAAUGAAUCAUUUUAAAAAUGAUAUUGAAAAGACUCCUAAUCUAUUUACAUUUGGAGUUUAUUUAUAUAAAAUGGGUGACUAUAUUAAAGCGGAAAAAUAUUUUAGAAUAAUUCUUCGUCAACAAUCUAUGAAUCCACUUGAUAAGGCAAUCAUUUUUAAUUGUAUUGGAGCAUUGUAUGAUGAAAAAGGAAAUUAUGAUCGAGCAUUAAAAUUAUAUAAAAAAGCACUAAUACUUCAAUUAAAAUUUAAAAUAUUAUUUACAGAUCCUAUACGUCUUUCAAUGACGUUUAAUAAUAUAGGACAUGUUUUCGAUAACAAAGGACAAUAUAAUCUUGCCCUGAAAUACUAUAAAAAAGCACUUCAGACAGAUCGAACGUUGUCACGAGUGAGUGAGAGUGAUAUUUCAGCUGUCUAUGGUAAUAUUGGAUGUGUACAAAUUAAACAAGGAAAAUUUAGAUUAGCUUUAAAAAAUUUGACAAAAGCUUUAAAUCUUCGACUAAAAUAUCUACCAUCAAAUCAUCCAGAUAUUGCUAUAACUUAUAAUAAUAUCGGACAAAUAUAUUUUCAAAUAGGUAGCUAUACAGACGCUUUAGAUAAUUAUCAAAAAGCCUUAGAUAAUCAAGCAAAAUAUUUGGUACCUGAUCACUCGUCACUAGCAACGACAUUCAGUAAUAUCGGUGAAUUAAACAGUGAACUAGGACAUUACACUAUUGCAUUAGAAAAUUAUCAAAAAGCUGUUGAUAUACAGCAAAAAACACUACCUUUAAAUCAUCCAGAUCUUGCUAUUAUGUUUGAUAAUAUAGGAUGUGUUUAUUCUAAGAAAGAAGAUUAUGAUACAGCAUUAGAAUAUUUUCAGAAGGCACUAACAAUUGAACUAAUUUCUCUUGCCAGCAAUCAUCCUGCUCUUAGUACAACAUACAACAAUAUGGGAAAUGCCUAUUAUCAACAGCGAAAAUAUUUGUUAGCAUUACAAAAUUUUCGAAAAGCACUUAAAGUCAGUUUAGCAGCAUUUCUAAGAAAAGAUCUGUCAUUUGCCUCAAUUUAUAAUAAUAUGGGAUUACUCUACUAUCAACGAACUAAUUAUGUUAAAGCUUUAAAAUAUCAUAAAAAAGCUCUUGAAAUUAAACUAAUACAUUUACCUAUACAUCAUCCCGAUCUCGGUUCAUCCUAUAAUAAUAUUGGAUUAAUCUAUCAUAAAAAAGGGAAUUAUACCAUGGCAUUGAAAAAUUAUGAGAAAUGUGUUGAAAUUAGACUUCAAACGUUACCAUUUGAUCAUCCCGAUAUAGGGAUAACAUAUGACAAUAUAGGAAUGGUCUACUAUGAUAAAGAGGAUUAUGAAAACGCGUUAUUAUAUUUAAAAAAAGCUCUUGACAUACAACUGCCAUUAAAUCAGUCAUACCUUGCUGUGACCUAUCAUAAUUUGGCGCAGAUUUAUUUGAAACAGAAAAAUCAUGAUAUGGUCUUAGCGUACUACACGAAAUACUUAGAAGCUCAGAACAGAUUAACACAAACAAAAACAUGA